AUGUUGUUUAAAUGGUCACAAGAAAAGCUGAAAGAACUUUUUGUAAAUUCAGAAAUCAAAGGAGAUGGAGUUUUGUGUAAAAUAACAGAAAUGGAAAAAUGUGAAGGUGAGGCAGUAGCAAAUAAUAGAAAAGGAAAACUUAUUUUCUUUUAUGAAUGGAAUAUUGUGCUUAAAUGGACAUCAAAAGAUAAAUCAGAUGGGACAAUUGAGGGUAAAAUUAAUAUCCCUAAUCUUUCUGAAGAAAAUGACAUCAGCGAAGUAGAUAUUGAAGUUACAUUAAAAGAUAGUACAGAUGAAGGAGAAAAAGUAAAACAAUUUUUGCAUACAAAGGGGAAGGAUGCAAUAAGAGAAAAAUUGACAAAAUAUGUAUCUUCUCUAAAAGAAGAAUUUACGAAAGGAAUGAUACUUCCCAAAAAAGAUAAUGUAAAAGAAAAUAUCUCAAAUAUAACAUCUGGUUUUAAUGUUAAGAUGCAGAUGAAUACUACGGUGACACAAACAAACGAUCAUGAAGCAGUAGGAUGUAAAAUCUCGACAACUACAAUUAAGCAAAAUAUUAAGUUCCAAUGCAGGGCGGAAGAGUUUUACAAUGUCCUCUCAUCGAUUGAAAUGGUACAAGCCUUUACGAGAAACCCAGCGAAAUUAGAGGCAAAGAAAAAUGGUCAAUUCGAGCUUUUCGGUGGUAAUAUUCACGGCGAAUUUGUGGAAAUUACACCGACCAAGAUUGUCCAAAAAUGGCGUUGUAAACAAUGGCCGUCCGGACAUUUUAGUAACGUAACAAUCGAUAUCUGCGAGAAGAACGAUCACACCGAAGUCAUCUUAACGCAAAUUGGUGUUCCACUUAGCGAGGAGGCUUCUACGAAGGAAAAUUGGGAUAGUUUACUCUGUUCUCUCUUAAAACGUUAUCGGAUAAACGUUCUUCAAAGUCUUGCGGUAAAGAGAAAAGCCAAUUCAAAAUUCUCAUCUACGGAGAAGUAGAUCGCAACCGGGCGUUUCUCCGAUGCACCGUGUAUAUCGACGAGAAAUACCUGGCCGGCGACCAUGUGUUAUACUCCUGCCAAAUUAGGUUGUACAUACAUCUACCGUUUUCUCUUAAGAGACAUCCCCGACCUAGCUACUGCCGCUAUACUAUCGCCGAUAUAUAGUCCACCUCAUCGUCAGGCGUCGAGCAUGCCAUGCGCACUUAACGGGGAGGUAAUCGCGUUGCACACCUGGCGCAACAUGCAUCCUUCCACGCCCUUGCCGCAGCAGCAGCUCGACCGCCUCGCCAGGGAUAUCGAACUGGCCGCAUUCGAUGAGGAAUCUGUCGCAAUUAUGGCAGUUAUCGACGAGAGCACGACGACGACGGAGGUGGAGAACGAAGAGGAGGAGGAGGAGGAGGAGGAGGGGGACGAGGAGGACGAGGACGAAGACGAAGAGACGGAAAAGGAGAAGAGAAGAGAUCGCGACGGUAGUACCGGUGAAAACGCUGUACACCGGAUCCCGGUAUCCCGACAAGAAGGACCGGAAGCAGACAGAGAGAGGGUGAGAGAUAGUCCGUCAGACAUGAACGUUACUCCGAUGGUGGAGAUAUCCAGCAAUGACAGCUACAACGCCAGCAACGGUCUCGACUGCGGCGGUGAGCCCCAUCAAUACGCGAUAUGGGAGCGUUCGAUGAUAGUGGUGAUCGCCGUCUUCCUCAGUCUCACCACAGUCGUCGGCAACAUAAUGGUCAUGAUAUCGUUCAAAAUCGACAAGCAGCUGCAGACGAUCUCCAACUAUUUCCUCUUCAGCCUGGCGGUGGCCGACUUUGCGAUCGGCCUAAUCUCUAUGCCCCUCUUCACGUUGUACACGGUACUCGGUUACUGGCCGCUCGGGCCCCACGUGUGCGACACGUGGCUCGCCCUCGAUUAUCUCGCCAGCAACGCGUCGGUCCUUAAUCUGCUCAUCAUCAGCUUCGACAGAUACUUCUCCGUCACGCGGCCGCUCACCUAUCGAGCCAGGAGAACGACUGUCAAAGCCGCCAUUAUGAUCGGAUCCGCUUGGGGUAUAUCGUUGCUUCUUUGGCCACCCUGGAUCUACGCGUGGCCGUACAUCGAGGGUCAAAGAACCGUGCCAUUGACCGCAUGCUAUAUCCAAUUCAUCGAGACGAACCACUACAUCACCUUCGGCACGGCCAUCGCCGCGUUUUAUGUUCCUGUCAUGAUAAUGAUAAUCCUGUACUGGCGGAUCUGGAAGGAGACGGAGAAACGGCAGAAGGAUCUGCCAAACUUGCAGGCCGGCAAGCAAGACGCGAGCAAGCGCAGCAACUCGAGCGACGAGGCUUUAGAUAUGGAGGAUGGUAAAAGACAGCGAAGCGAGUCGAGUACCGGUGAAGACGUCUCGCACGCCACGCACAUCGCCGUUUCCUACAUUGAUAAGCACUAUCCGCAAUACAAAAACCACAGGCCGUUCUCCUGGACCUGGCUGAAGAUGUGGUGCAUCGCGUGGUGGCAUAGCGGGCGGGAGGAGGAGGACGACGACGAGGAUAUCGCGGGACCGGAGAGCAGCCGUACCGGGCCCGGCUACGAGGACACGCUCACGCCGCUGUCGGCCGAGACGCCGCUUCCCAGCACAGUAUCGCGAUGUCCCUCCCUCAGCGCGAUACAGGCUACGGGAAUCGCCCUGGACAAGAUUGCAGCCCAGCACGAGUACAAAAGGCCGACUCGGCCGCCCGAUCUCAAGACUAUCUCCAGCGAUUCCGUUUAUACGAUUCUAAUCAAAUUACCGAGUAACGGCGGCAAGUACAGCGAGGGGCCGAGUAUAAAGAUGAUUCACGACGAGUCUAUGUCGAUCCAGCUGCACAGUAUGAUGGAGGACAGUGAGGAUGACGGUGGUGGUAGUGGCGCUGGCGGCCUCACUGUCGGCAGUGCCGGCAAAGUUUUACGUCUCGGCGGCGGACCGAGCCCAUCGACGGUGAUGAGGAGGCCGUCGCAGAUGCCGGAUAUCAGGAUACCGUUAAACGCGAAGAACAUACCGAAGACGUUGGUGACGGGCAAGGGUAUACUGAACAAGCCACCAAACAAAAAGAAGAAGAAACUGCAAGAGAAAAAGGCCGAUCGUAAGGCCGCGAAAACGCUGUCGGCGAUUCUGCUCGCGUUCAUCAUCACGUGGACCCCGUACAACAUCCUGGUACUCCUCAAGUCUAUCACCGCCUGCUCGUGGUACAUACCGCAGGAGCUGUGGGACUUUUUUUAUUACCUUUGCUACAUCAAUAGUACUGUGAAUCCGAUGUGCUACGCACUGUGCAACGCGGCCUUCCGCAGAACCUACGUGAGAAUUCUCAAGUGUAAGUGGCACAGCAGGAAUCGCGGCACCGCGGUCGACCGAGGAUGAUAUCAGUAACCGAUGCGUACUUCAAUCUUUUCGCAUCGGUCCAAUCCCCUCCGCGCGCUUCCAUAUCCCGCAGAAUUGGAAGUCGACGACCGCGCGUUCGCGCACAUAUACAUACACGUGCACACAUACAUACACUCAUAUACAUACAUACGCAAUGCUGCAUUAUUAUUAUUAUAUUGCCGUUUACUUUUCCUCCUUUUUGCGCGUUUCUCAGAGCGCAUGAAGAAACGGAAGCGAGGAGACCGGCGAACUGCCGCGAAUGAAUUUGGCGCUCGCGACUGCCAAAUCACCCUGUUCCUAUCGACGUUGUUCGAGUAUGUUCGGGCCGCGCAUCUUUUGAGUCUUGAUCGCCGGAUCGCGCGCGACGACAAUGUCCGAUCGGUCACUCGUGCACUUUUACCACGUAGAAAAACUGACUCCGAAUUUUCCUCAGAUGUGUUAUUUUUCUCCCGUGUGAUAUUGAAUCACUAUAACGAGAGAGAUUAACCCCUUGAUGACCGCAUUUCUAUCAUUUUCGCGCUGAUCUGGCGCUAUUUUUCACAAUGGAAAUUUAUUAAUCAUCGAUAAUUACGUUAAUAAUCCGGUUAUCCCUCGAUGUGUAACAUCUCGAAGUUUUAAUACUCUUUCUCUCUCAAAUAUAAUUGCGUUACUGUACAAUUACAUUGAUGUUCAUUAAAAUAUUUAAAGGAUAACGAACUAAUGUUUCCUUGUCGGGGGGUUAACGAUAUGACACACCGGUCGACGUGAGCGGGUCCUUCUUGUUCUACUCAUGUAAGAACGGUUUGUUUGUUCACGAUAUUUUCGCGGAUAAUAUCGAAUUUCGACGGUACCGAUAUCGAUCGCCUAUAACGGGUCGCGUGAAUUGUUAAUAAUACUGCAGUGGUUCUUAAUCUUUUUUUGGGUCGCAGACUUCUCCGAGAAACCAAAGGUUCUCACCUUGAUUUUGUUCAAAACUUUGAGCGGUUCUGUCGGAAGCCUUCGAUUCGGGUUUUCUCCCCGUAAAUGCAAUAACAUCAUCUGAUACUAAUAUCGGUUCUCUAUCGGAAGAUUGAGAAAAAUUGGAAAAAAAAUGGCGAGAUUGCGGAAAGAAAAAGGGGGAUCUGUUUGCGUCGCGAGAGGAAGCGCGAGCCGGCCGUCAACGCACUAGUUAAAAUACACGCAGCUCCGGUCUCCGAGUUUCGCAAGAAGUAACGCGACGUGGAUACUGCCAUGAAUAUAACGUUCAUUAAUAUCUCUCCGAAUUGCGCGAAUCCUAUGCGAGUCGCGCAUUCGGAAUUACAUUAUGUGUCCGGUAUACUCGGUAUAUCCGGGCGUACCGGUGUCUCCCGGCACGGUUCGCCACCGUCGUCCGGAAGCAUCGCGCUGCUCCCGAGAGAAUUCCCUUCCAGAAAAAGGAAAAGGGAAGACGAUGGCGAAUAGCAACGGGGGUUUAGACAUGAAGAAAAAAAAAAAGCUAAGUCGCACAAGAACCUAUUUAAGUAAAAAAAUAUCGGAAGAAUAACGAGAUGAUAUAUCUCUGUAUGUCGCGCGGAGCCGCGACAGGCGAUGUAAACACUCGAUGUAAAUUUUACGACGUAGCGAAGUGUAAAACUGUAAAUGAAUGUGUUUAAAUGUAAUAAUGCGGGGAGGGAACGAUGGGGGUGAUAUAGACGACGGCUGGCACGGCCAGCGAAGGAUACGGGAGGAUAAUUAGCGAUUAGGUGAAACGAGAGAGAGAUUAACGCUAAAUCGAAUUCUUCCGUAAAACUAAAAAUAACAUUCUAAUUAUACGUGCCAAACGAAGCUUUAAAAGAUUAUACCAAGAUUAUACGGUGAGAAAUAGAAAGAUUGACGGAGAGAUGGAGGCGGAAAGGGAGGAAUGUUGUAGAGCGCACUUUCGAGGCUACUUGAGAAACGAUACCGAAGAAGUAUAGUUAAUAUAUAAAAAAAAUGAAAUUAAAUAAAACAAAUAAAAUAAGAGCACUGUGUCGACGAGCGAUACACGACUUUAGCGAUCGAAGGCUCGUAAAGUAAUCAAAGUCAAUCGUACGCGCGCCGACAUGCCUAUAUAAUGACCAUCAAGACUGCGAGCUCCUCAUUUCAAUCAAUUUCGCAAUCAUUCUAAUUGAAUAUUGAAUAUAUAUUACAAUAAAAGAAUACACAAUUUUUUUUUUAAAAUACAUAUGUAUUCUCGUUAUUUCGCGCAAUUUCUUUUUCACGAAUCAUGUUUCCAAUGAAUGUUGAAACUAAUCAUAAUUUAGUCUAUGUAAAAUUUAUCGCCAUUUUCUGAAAAUAUCUCGGAAAUAUCCCGCGUGAAAUGAACCUGGAAAUAUUUUCUCGUCUCUCUGAAAACUUUGCGUAUCCUUCACUACUCAAAGCGAGAAACAUAAUCGCUCCUGCUCAAGCGACGUUCCUAUGUACGCGUCGGCACGCGCGCGCGUGCGUUUGUACCUUUGUACAAAAUACCCACGCACACUAAACACGCACUUUCGCGCGCGAUCAACAUUACACAUAUACACACGGUGCAGUGUCGCGAAAAGUACUCGUGAGGGGGAUACGCAUUUACGGGCGCGUCAUCGAAAAUCUUUACGCGUCUUCUCUCGGUCACUUAUCAUUCUGCGUAUAAUAAUCCGAGAGAUUUUCGAUACACUUCACCCGGUAUAUGCGUAUCUCAGCGAGAAAGGAACUCGAUGACGUCAUUUACAUCAAGUAACGUUAAUCACGAACGAACCUAGGUACAUCAGGUGGACGUAAUGAUACAAUUGCGUGUCGUCAGUUACGUAAUUAAUCGAGUACAAUUAAUCGACGUAUAAUUUCGAUUCAUUAUUCGAGUACUUUUGAUACGAGGAUUUGCACUGAUCGAUUUAAAGGCCGUUACGCGAGCGAUUGCACCGAUAAAUUAUACACGACUUCUGUUUCUUUCAAUAUGUGCGACAAACAAACGACGCCAAUGUGUCUCUUUUAUAUAAUGAUAAAUGAUAACGAAUUUAAAAGCAUUCUUCCUCUCAUAGAUGUCAAAGAAAAGUUAAAGAAAGAGAUGUUUGAUAAUAUAUAAUCGAGAUGUGUUAUACAAGCAAUUAUCACGUUCGUUAAUAUAUAUAUGUAUCUUUAUAGCGAAAGGGUAACGGUACGCGGGAAGAUGUGUUUCACACGUGGAAACAUUUUAGGAAGACGUGUAUCUGUAUAAUUUCUCGCGUUUCCCGGCAUUUUUGAGCGCGUCGCCGAGCAUACGGGGAAAAAGGAGUAACGCGAAUAGGAUUCGCGGUGAUAUUUUUUUACCUUUAUAGUUGAUUCCGCGCGCGCGAUUCGAUCUCGAUCGUGUGAUGCGAAUUACCUCCCGCGAAUCUAAAACGCAAACGAUAAACGCAUUGUACACGUGAGAAGACGUUUUCGUUGCAUUCGUGUUUUUUCGUGAGCGCGCGGAAGCGAUUAUCGAAAUAGAUUGCAGAUUUUUUUGUUAGGCUUAUAGCGCAUAUCUAUCGCGAAUUUGUGAGAAUACUGAAAUGUGUACUGAGAUCGCGUCGAGGAAAAUCAUCGUGGUAAGGGGUUGUGUAACUGAUAUUCUUUAUAGAAUUCGAGACAUUUAUACCUCGACAUUUUAAUGCAGUUCGAAUAAAAAAUCGGAAUUUAUAUAGGAGUCCGGGAUUAUAUCAAAGGGAUUGAUUAUUUUUGAGGAGUAAUGUAAUCAAACGGUUGAGAAUCUUAUCUAAAAAAUAGGAUUCAUUUUCCUUUCGCGCGGUACAAAUUACAUUAGAAUAUUUAUUACAUAUUCCUCGGAAAGUAAAUGCUAAAGUGUAAGAUUAUUAAUAUGGCAAUUUUAGCAUGGCAAAAACUUACAAUGUUAAAUAAGGAAUAUAUGAGAGAGUAUAAGAUGUGUGUUAUCUCUCUUGUGUUACAUAAGAAUUCACGUUCCUCGAGGAAUGUCAGAAAUAACGUAACAGUUUAAGGAUACAUUCUACAGUCUGUCUUCACGCAAUGAGAAGAUCGAAAGAAAAGUUAUCCUCAAGUGUGUAAAAAAACGUUCACACCCCGAUCUAUGCUCUUGCGUGUAAGUUUUUUAAUUAUUUAUUUCCAUAGCGGAGCAUAUCUUUAAAGUUCAGCUUUGCAUUGGAGAUACACUUCGCACAAUAUUAAUUUCGAUAUUUAUUAUAUCCAUAAACACGCGUGUAUCAAGAAGCGCAUUAGUCGCGAUUAAGUUAACAAAUUGCACGCGUAUUUAUACACGAUGGAUUUCUGGGCUCCGUGCUGGACCUUCGAUUGAAAUGUCGAUAAUAGUUUAAUAAAAUACAACAGAGAAACGAGAACUGGUGGAAACUGCUACGUGUGCACUAUGCUACGAUGAUUAACUGCCUCUCUUCUUUAUUUACGUAUUUCUGUAAUAUCACGUCGAGACGUAAUAACACGCAACAUACACGUUGUGUGUAAGAAAAA